AUGGCGACACACAUUCACUCUGCAAAGUCAUUUACUAAUCCCUUCCACUUGUCGUUGCGAAACUUGCAGGUAGCCGACAAACAGGGUGACCCGAUCUACUAUGUGGGUGUUGACGUUGGCACAGGGUCAGCAAGAGCUGCCGUUGUUGACCAGACCGGAGCCAUUCUCGGUCUUUCCGAGCGGCCAAUCACGAGAAAUGAGCUCAAGGCCAACUUCAUCACUCAGUCGUCCACAGAGAUCUGGGAUGCAAUCUGUUACUGUGUGAAGACGGCAAUCUCACAGUCCCAUGUUGAUCCGGCCGACGUGCUGGGUAUUGGUUUUGACGCCACCUGUUCUCUGGUGGCCAUCAACGAGAAAACCGACGAGCCAAUGGCUGUGGGUCCUGACUUUGCAGACCACUUGGAAAAUAUUAUUCUGUGGAUGGAUCAUAGAGCGGAGGUCGAGGUAAACGAGAUCAAUGCCACGCACGAUGAGUGUCUCAAGUACGUGGGUGGCAAAAUGUCUAUUGAGAUGGAGUUGCCAAAGAUGAAGUGGCUGAAGAACCACAUGCCGAAGGAUUCAAACGGCGAGUCACUGUUUAAACAAUGUAAAUUCUACGAUCUUGCCGAUUUCCUCACCCACAAGGCCACCGGCUCUGAGACCAGGUCGUUCUGCAGCACUGUGUGCAAGCAGGGAUACAUUCCAGAGGGAAUCACGAACAGAAACGGCUGGUCUUCAGAAUUUUUGAAUAAGAUCGAUCUGCCUGAGCUGGUGGAGGACAAUUUCAGACGACUUGGUGGAGUGAACGGCGUGAACGGCAAGUUUUUAUCUGCAGGAGAAACCGUUGGAAGCCUUACCGAGAGGUCUGCCGAGCAAUUGGGACUGACGACAGACUGCUACGUCGGUUCUGGUGUGAUCGACGCUUAUGCUGGGUGGAUUGGAACAGUUGCCGCACAGACAGAGACGCCGAUUCCGGAUCUUGUGGAGCAGGAUAAGAGCAACAAGGGAAUGGCCAAGGCCAAGGGAAGACUUGCUGCUGUUGCAGGAACGUCGACCUGCCACAUCUGUCUUGACGACAAGCCGAUCUUUGUGGAUGGUGUUUGGGGCCCAUACAGAGACGUGAUGGCCAAAGGGUUCUGGCUCGCAGAGGGUGGCCAAUCGUGCACGGGCGCGCUGCUUGCACACGUACUGUCCACUCAUCCGGCUUACAUGGAGCUUGGCGUAGCUUCUGAGGCUUCUGGUACGUCGAGAUUUGACUAUCUAAACUCUAGACUUGAGCAGCUGAAAAAAUCCACCAAGGAGAGAUCUGUGGUGGCGCUGGCCAAAAAUCUGUUUUUUUACGGUGACUUCCACGGAAACAGAUCGCCAAUCGCGGACCCACAGAUGAGAGCCUCGAUCAUCGGCCAGAGUAUGGACACUUCGCUGGACUCGUUGGCUAUUGAGUACCUUGCUGCAUGUGAGUUCAUCGGCCAGCAAACCAGACAUAUUAUCGAGAAGAUGGAGAUUGCCGGCUACGACAUCAAAGCCAUUUUUAUGAGCGGUGGCCAGUGUCGUAACGGACUCUUGAUGAGAUUGUUGGCAGAUUGCACUGGACUGCCUAUUGUGAUUCCUAGAUACAUCGAUGCGUCUGUUGUGUUUGGUUCUGCCAUGCUGGGUGCUGUAGCAGCAGAAGACGCGCUUAAGAAUCGCAAGGAGCCAAAUGCCAAGUCCAGAAGAAACUCUGCGGUGUCCAACGCCGAUAAUCAGCAGAGCCAGCCCGGCCAGCCUCCUUCUCCGUACACGGCUCCAUCGGCCACGGCUUCCAUGACGUCGAUCAGCGCUCUGGCGGCCGGAAAUGCGCAGUCCGCAUAUCCCUUCCCUACUAUGACUCCAAUUGAGGACGAGUCGAAGCAGCUGGGAGCCAAUAUCGACGCGUCGGACGACGAUGAGGACGCACAGCUGUCGUUCGGCUCCAAAAGCCGUGCACAGGCCACCGCCACGAAAAACUUCAUCUCAAAGAAGUCUGGCGCGGGUCCUGGCGAUAGGCUGUGGAAGAUCAUGACCGAGCUCUCUGGUGUGGGCCGCAUCAUCUAUCCCUCCAGUGUAACGGAUCCAGACCGAAAGCUUCUGAACACCAAGUACAAGAUCUUCCUGGACCAGAUUGAGACACAGCAGAAGUACCGGGCCAUGGUCGCGAAGACCGAGGAGGCCAUCAAAGCUUACUUGAAUAUAUAG